CUUUUGGCUGGGCGCUUCGAGGUCCGACGGCCGGCGGCGCUGCACGGCCGGCGUCGCUCGCGCGCGCGCUUCCCUAGGCGGAGCUGCCCCCCGUGCGGGGCAGGCGCAGGUCGCGGAGGCGCCGGAACCCGUCGCGGAGUCCGUCCCGUCCAGUGCGCGAGUCCAGCGUUGACUUGGUCAGCCUUUCCUCUCGGCUGUUUCCGAUGCGCUUUUAUCUGCGGCCCGCCAACCAUCCGAAGUAGGCGCGUCAUUUUCCGAAAAGCGAAACAGCGCAACUCUGCUUCGCAAAAAAAUGGAAAUUUCCAGCCACCUUGGGCCGUUUUCUGUCUCUCAAGCUGCUGCAGACUCAAGAGCCUUUGCGCUGCUUCUGUUGUAUUGCGUGUCCUUGUUGAACUUACUCAUUAAGAAAAUGGGGGCCCUCGGACUCCUAGCAAUGGCAGUGCCCGAAAAGUACAAAGGAGCUGGCUUGGAUUGCUUGGCCUACACCGUCGCCGUGGAGGAGAUCAGCCGCGGCUGCGCUUCCACCGGGGUGGUCAUGAGCGUCAACAACUCGCUCUAUUUAGGACCGAUUUUGAAGUUUGGGUCGGAAGAGCAGAAGGAGAAAUGGAUUGCUCCUUUCACCAGCGGGGAUAAAAUAGGGUGCUUUGCCCUAAGUGAACCAGGAAAUGGCAGCGACGCUGGAGCUGCAUCUACAGUGGCUCAGCUUGUUGGGGACGAGUGGGUGUUGAAUGGCACCAAAGCCUGGAUCACCAACGCCUGGGACGCUUCUGCCACCGUGGUGUUUGCCACCACAGACAAAUCCCUGAAGCACAAGGGCAUCAGCGCCUUCCUUGUUCCCAUGCCAUCCCCGGGCCUCUCGCUGGGAAAGAAGGAGGACAAGCUGGGGAUCAGAGCUUCCUCCACCGCCAACCUCAUUUUUGAAGACUGCCGCAUUCCCAAGGACAACCUCCUGGGGAAGCAGGGAAUGGGCUUCAAGAUUGCCAUGCAAACCUUGGACUCUGGCCGGAUUGGAAUUGCUUCCCAGGCCUUGGGAAUUGCCCAGGCAGCUUUAGAUUGUGCCGUGGAUUACGCCGAGAAGAGGAUGGCUUUUGGGCAUCCCAUCACCAAGCUGCAGGCCAUUCAGUUUAAGCUAGCUGAUAUGGCCGUGGCGCUGGAGGCGGCUCGCCUGCUGACCUGGAGAGCAGCCACGCAGAGUGACAGUGGAGAGCCCUACACAAAGGAAGCGGCAAUGGCCAAGCUGUCGGCAUCCGAGGCAGCAACGUUCAUCUCCCACCAGGCUAUCCAGAUCCUGGGAGGGAUGGGCUACGUGACGGAGAUGCCAGCCGAGCGCCACUACCGAGAUGCUCGCAUCACUGAGAUCUAUGAAGGAACCAGUGAAAUCCAGAGGCUGGUGAUUGCGGGGCAGCUGCUGAAGGCCUAUCGCGGCUGAAGAGGAGGUCUGCUGCAGGGGCCUCAAGGACAGGUCACACCUUAGGUCAGGGGCUGGAUUAAACGUGGGGAAUCGCCCCCUCUGCUCAUCUCACAAAAGGCAAAGGCCUGAGCACCCAACUGCUUUGAUCAUCAAGUCUCUGGCGGAGGUUGAGCACUUACAAGAGGGUGCCUUGAAUAACCAGGGGAGGAAUGACCAUCAGAAAACAGGGAUGUGCGAGAGCCUCGGGUCCCAUGAUUGUCAAGGUACACUACCAGCCGUUUACUGGUCCUCUAGUCCCUAGGUAAGGUCUACUCUACCAUGGACCACAUGAAUUCCAGCGGAGUGAGAUCUGCUCAGGUGAAACUACUCUGUCUUCAGCGGCAUCUGCAAGAAAGCAGAUUGUUGGGAAACGAUCGGGGAGACAAGAUGAAUAACAGAGUUAAGGGAGGGUCAGGAAGCAACCCUGGAUCAGCUACUGAAGUGAAUCUUGAAAAGGAGCUGGUGUUAGUGGCAGACGAUAAAUCGUAGCCUCGAGUCCAAGUGCCUUGUUUGUGCCCCAAAGCCAAGUCCUCCUCCACCCGCAGAUGCGGAUUCCCAAGAAGACACCUUACGGAUAGAGUCAAAAUCAGCUAUUAAAUUUGAGCAUCAACAACUUGCUGUAUCUUUUGGUUUAAUUACAGUCCUUUGUUGAAUACACA